AUGAGGACUGCUUUAAUUUUGCUCAGCAUUUUGGGAAUGGCUUGUGCUUUUUCGAUGAAAAAUUUCCAUCGAAGAAUCAAAGCAGAGGAUUCUGAAGAAAACGGGGUCUUUAAGUACCGGCCACGAUACUUUCUUUAUAAGCACGCCUACUUUUAUCCUCCUCUGAAACGAUUUCCAGUCCAGGGAGGCAGCGACUCUUCGGAAGAAAAUGGAGAUGGUGAUAGUUCAGAGGAGGAGGGAGAGGAAGAGGAGACUUCAAACGAAGAGGAAAACAACGAAGAUUCUGAGGGGAAUGAAGAACAGGAGGCAGAGGCAGAGAACUCCACACUCUCUGGUGUAACAGCUAGUUAUGGAGCAGAGACCACAGCUGAAGCAGGGACUGCUGAGUUAGCUGCACUCCAACUGCCCAAGAAGGCUGGAGAUGCAGAAAGCAAGGCUCCAAAAAAGAAGGAAAGUGACGAGGAAGAAGAAGAGGAGGAAGAAGAAAACGAGAACGAAGAAGCAGAAGUGGAAGAAAACGAGCAGGUGGUCAACGGCACCAGCACCAACUCCACAGAGGUGGACGGCGGUCAUGGCAGCAGUGGAGGGGACAACGGAGAAGAAGAAGCCGAGGAGGCAAGCGUCACUGAAGCAGGUGCAGAAGGAACCACAGGGGCCGGGGAGCUGACCAGUGAUGGCACCAAGACAGCUGUCCUUCUGAACGGGUUUCAGCAGACGACCCCGCCGCCCGAGGCCUAUGGGACCACCUCCUCGUCGAUCAGAAAGAGCAGCACCGUUGAGUAUGGAGGAGAAUACGAACAAACAGGCAGUGAGUACAACAAUGAAUAUGAAGUCUAUGACAAUGAGAAUGGCGAGCCUCGUGGGGACACUUACCGAGCUUAUGAGGACGAAUACAGCUACUACAAGGGGCAUGGCUAUGAAGGCUACGAGGGUCAGGAUUAUUACUACCAUCAGUGA